UGCCAAUCAAUCCCUACCAACCAAAAUUGUCUAUAAAGGGUACGCUUUGCAUUGAUCAAAGCAAUCAAAUAGCUUCAUCUCCCAUAAUUCUCAAAACCCAUUUUCCUUAAACUCCAACAUUUCUUGAUUCAAAUUAGGAAAUCUUUGUUAGAGUGAUUGAUUGACAUGAGGAAGUUCAUCUUGGUUGCUCUUUUUUUGGCUCUGGUUAUUGGCCUGACUGAAAGCUUUGAGUUUCAGGAGAAGGACCUGGCCUCUGAAGAGAGUCUCUGGGACAUCUAUGAGAGGUGGAGGAGCCACCAUACAAUUUCCCAUGACCUCAGAGAGAAGGAAAAGCGCUUCAAUGUCUUCAAGGAGAAUGUGAAGCAUGUGCACAAGGUGAACCAGAUGAGCAAGCCUUACAAGCUGAAGCUGAACAAGUAUGCAGACAUGACCAACCAUGAGUUUGUGCGCUCCUAUGCUGGCUCAAAGGUUAGCCACUACAGGUCUUUGCAUGGCAGCCGAAGGGAAACUGCCUUCACACAUGAGAGCACUGACAAUCUUCCACCAAAUGUUGAUUGGAGGAAGAAUGGAGCAGUCACUGGAGUUAAAGACCAAGGCAAAUGCGGUAGCUGCUGGGCAUUUUCAACUGUAGUUGCAGUGGAGGGUAUCAAUCAAAUCAAAACCAAGGCCCUAGUCUCUCUGUCUGAGCAAGAGCUGGUUGAUUGCAAUAGAGACCCCAACGAAGGGUGCGACGGUGGCUUGAUGGAAAAGGCAUUUGAUUUCAUAAAGAAAAAUGGCGGCAUAACCACAGAGCAGAACUACCCUUACAGAGCCGGUGAUGGGCCUUGUGACUCAACCAAGAUGACGAAUGCUCCUCUGGUGCAAAUUGAUGGCUACGAAAACGUACCCAAAAACAACGAAAAUGCCUUGAUGAAAGCUGUUGCAAACCAACCUGUAUCUGUUGCAAUAGAUGCUGGUGGCAGAGACUUCCAAUUCUACUCAGAGGGUGUGUUUAAUGGGAACUGUGGAACAGAGCUAAACCAUGGCGUGGCAGUUGUGGGGUAUGGAACAACUCUGGAUGGGACCAAGUACUGGACUGUGAAGAACUCUUGGGGAGAGGAGUGGGGAGAGAAGGGAUACAUAAGGAUCCAACGUGGAGUUGAUGCAGAAGAAGGGCUGUGUGGAAUUGCUAAAGAUCCCUCUUACCCCAUGAAGUCUUCCCCAAGCAACACAAAAAGAAGAAGCUCCUCCUCCGUCAAGGAUGAACUCUAAAGCUCUAUGCAUGUGCUGCUACGCAUGAUAUAGUUUAGUUUAGUAGAUUUCGUUUGCCAAUUUAGUUAUCAGUGAUCAAGCUUUGUCCUAAAAGAGGCAUAUGAACCUUAGGUGCUUAUAUAUAUGGUGUGUGGUGUACUGAAUUUACGCUUUCGUUUUGGAUGAAAAUAAAUGUUGGUUUGAUGCUGAAAUAUGAAAUAAAGGGUUGAGAGUUUGAUGAACAUG